UUGUUUUUUAUUCAGCUUCGCGUCGUAAAGGCCUUCAAGCUAACCAAUGAUGACACCGAUGACGAGAACUCAAACGCCAGUGGCCUGAGCUCUUUGAGUUUGCGAAGUUUGCGCUCCCUUGGCUAUCGUCCGUUUUCCGACUUGUACUUUAUCGAUGACAAACGAUCGCCGGUGGUCGACUACCGGCGGGAGCUGAUCGCGUUUGGCGGCUCAAGAUAUCUGUUGCCUAACAUUCCUGAAAUUGACUCAGUUCGUAGUGUCAUGCGAGAGUCAUUGUUCAUGAAAAAACAUGCGACCGAUCAGAUAGGCAAGAGUGUGUCACUAGACUUGUACCCAAGGAGUGUCUUGCGUGACAAAUAUGGUGUAACGAAUUUCUGA